AUGAAAUAUUCGAUUUUUCGUCGCCUCUUAUUGCAGAUUAUUGAUCCAUACGUGGAAGUAGAGUUGAUAGGGAUCCCUGCUGACAGUUGCAAACACCGCACUAAAACAGUCAUGGACAAUGGUAUGCCGUAGUUAAAGAUUUUCGAUACAUACUGAAUCAGCUGAUAAAAUUAGCAAAGCGAUUAAUUGCCUCAUGUUCAUCGGAAUUGUUCAUGACAGGAGGCAGUUUACCCAAAGCGAAGAACUUAACUUAAUGCCUUCAUUAUUGUCAAAACGUUUUCGCACUUCAGGUUUUGUUUAGACAAAUUGUAUGAUUUAGGAACAUUUUUUCACGAUAAAGGGCACUUUUCUUUGCUGCGGUGAGUUCCAUGUGAUGGUCUACCUUUGCGGCAAGUGCGUGGAAAACUAACUGGAAAAUGAGAAAAAUUGUUCCUGCACCAUGCAACUCUUUAAAAGACGCCAAACGUUUCAUGAAUAAAAGAAUCAAAAUAUGGGGUUAGAGCACUUGCAGUUCAUGAAAAGUAAAUCGUUUAAAUCCAUCUCCUAAGAUGAUGAUCAGUCUGAUUGGUUCGACACUUCAUUAGUUCAACUUCUGUCGGGACAGACGAACUUAACUUAAUUUAGAUUUACCCAAAUUACAAUUUCAUUCGUUUGCCUCAUGAAAAGUUCGACAUUUGGCCUUGGCCUACCUGUAAGUAAUGUUUGCGUACUUUGCAGGAUUUAAUCCAGUUUGGGAGGACACCAUCAGCUUUAUUUUGACUUUUCCGGAACUGGCAAUUGUUCGGUUUGUGGUUUGGGACGAGGAUCCUAUAGGAAGAGACUUUAUUGGUCAAGUUACUUAUCCUUUUUCAAGUCUGAUGCCAGGUAAAAUGUGCAAAUUAAUCCUAAUAAUAUAAUGCUAUUAUCAUCUUUAACAAGUGACUUGUGUAAACAUUAAUAUCUUUGCUCAACCAGACGAUCACUUAUAUGAUUUCACUAAGAGGUUAAAAAGAAGGUGGGAGCCACUGUUGAGGCCUCAAAUGUAAAAAAUGACCUUCAAUGUAAUAAUUUUUGGCCCUAAAUGUAAUUAAGGUCCUAAAUGUAAUAACUUUUGGCCUUAAAUGUAAUAAAGGGUCUCAUAAUAUUAUAUGUGUAGUAGGUUUUAACCCUAAAUGUAUUGGAAGUCUUAUCAGUAUACUGCGUGUAUGUAGUAUAACAGCCCCAAACUUGAUAAAGUCCCUGACUGAAACAUGCGACGGUCUGAUGGCGAUAUUAAUUUUAUACCCAGCUGGCGAUUCACUUUCUUCGCCCUAUUGUAGUCUUCAUAGAUAUUCAUAAAAUUAGAGAGCGGCUAGAGCGCUCAAGAAGUAGGAGAAACAGUUAUAAAUUAACUACGUCUCGAUCGUGUUUCCUACUACAUCCCUACAUCGUAAAACGCGAGUUAUAAACAAAUGGAAUCUAAAAAAAAGUUUUCAAAAUACAGUAGUAAUUUAGUAAUUGAAGGAAGUAUUAAUGUUCAUUAGAACAAUCGUAGUUAAUUAUCUACUUAAUGUUGCGCCAAAAAAAGAAAUGGUUUAUUUAUUUACUUUUUAUCACUUUCCAAAAGAGUAUGUCGGUCGGUCCAUACAGAAUGCUGUGAACACGAAGUUAUAUAUAAACAGCAAGAUAUUAAGGGCAGUAUAUCUUGAUAUAGUUUUUCUGACUUGCUGACUUUGGUUUUAAUUUCUACCAGGAGUACUUCUUGAAGUGAAUUUUUUUGCUAACUUUUUUUCCCGGAUUUCACCACACGAAUCAGUAAUAAUAAGUUGUUACUCAAAUAGAUAUAUAGGGGAUCUGCCUGGGGUAUUUAGUGUUUAAUAUUCCCUAGAGACAUUCUUGCGCUCAGUUAACCUGUAAUAAGGCUGAAAGCAAACACUGUGAAAUCUUCUUAUGACCCCUAAGCAUUAUAAGAGCUGAAAGAAUUACACUUAGGACCUUUAUUACAUUUAGGGCCAAAAAGUUAUUACAUUUAGGACCUUUAUUACAUUUAGGGCCAAAAGUUAUUACAUUUAGGUCCUUCAUUACACUUAGGGCCAAAAGUUAUGACAUUUAGGACCUUUAUUACAUUUAGGGUCAUUAAUUACAUUUGAGGCCUCAACACCACUUUCAUGCGCAUGUUUGUAUAACAGACCCUUAAAGUUCAAAGGGUUAACUUGAACUAAAUGGUCUCAAACUUCAGUGUUGCAUCAUGAUUCCAUAAAAACGAUCCAAGGGGGGGCGUUGAUGUCCAAUGAUUACUCUCUGUUAGUUCUUUAUUAGUUUGUUUUUUUUUUUCCAUUUAUUUAUCAAAAGGUUAUAGGCAUGUUCAUCUGGAAGGGGAUCAGCAGGCUUCCAUCUUUGUUCACGUGACAAUUUCAGAUUAC